AUGACUAUGUCUUCCUUAAAAGUCGUUUUAUUGACAGAUUCUGAUUCACUUAAUCAGAAUAUACCAUUACCAUAUAAAUAUUAUGGACAAAAAUUAUGGGAAACAAUUCAAAUUAUUGUAAAUCACUUCAAUUAUAGCUGUGAAACAGUAGAGUUAAAUAAACUUGAUUUUCAAGAACAUGAAUCUGUCAAUAAAUUUCUUAAUGCUGAUAUUGUUAUUAUGGAUGUUACAAAUCAAGAUCGUCGUCCUAUAUUCAUGUAUCACAAAGGCAAUCGUGAAAGUGUAGAUUGUGUAGAUGAUAUUGUAUUAAUUCAAGCUAGUGGUGUUGAAAAUGAUGAUGCUAUUGAAGAUCUGAAAACGACAUGCAAAAUAAAACAAAUGAUUGUAUAUCGAUAUGACGAAGAAAAAGGUGUUUUUUAUGAUGUAACAACACGAACAGUAAAGCCAUCACCAUUACUUAAAACAAGCAUAAAAUGUUUUUUAAAGGACGCUGCUAAUAGUAUGCAACAAGGUCUUGCUACUCGAUAUUUAAAUCGUUUGGAGAAACGUAAACAUGAAGCUCAUGAUUCCAAUGCUGAACGUAAAUAUUUAUGGGAAGAAAUUUGUGAUGAAAUUCUAACAGAAGGAAAGCAACAAUAUGCUACACCAAAAUUAAUUACACAAUUAAUGUAUGCUUUUCGAGAUAUACAAGAUUAUCAAUCAAUGAUAGAAUUAAUUGAACGUUGUGAACAAAAUGAAAUAACUUCAAGAAAAAUUCAAAAUAAUAUGAUGAUUUCAUAUUUAAAAGCAUUUGCACGUAGUCGACGAAAUCAAAAUAAUGAUCGUGAUAAAGCAUUAGAAAUUCUUACAAGAUUAUGUCAAACAAAAAAAACUGAAAAUGAAUUAUCAAAUGAUAUUAUUUGUUUAUGUGGAAGAAUUUAUAAAGAUAAAUAUACGGAAUCAAAUUGUCAAGAUAAGGAUUCAUUAGACAAAGCUAUUGAAUGGUAUCGAAAAGGUUUUGCUGCUGAUCCUAAUAUCUAUGCUGGUAUUAAUUUACUAUUUCUUUUGGCAAUUACAACAGAUGAUUUAAGAAAAAAUAAUGAAGCAUAUAAAAUUAGUAGGUUGAUCAACGAAAAAAAAAAAGAUACAUUUAUCAGGAAAUCAAUAUUUAUUUUCAAAAAGGUUGUUAAUGUAUUUGAUAUAUGA